AUGGAUCUAGAGGAAUAUAUUAAUUAUUCAGAAGAAAAAAAUAUAAGCAGAAUACUAAAUCCUGAAACUGCUGAAGAUAAUGAGGAGGGUGAUAAGGAAGAUGAUAGUAUAGAAUUACCCCAAGUUAGUCACAAAGAAGCAUCAGAUGCUAUACAUUUAUUAAAGUUAUAUCUCAUGCAACAGGACCUUAGUAACGUAGCUCAUACAGAACAUGACACAGCUUUAUUGAAGUUGUCUGGGCUAGUAAGGAAAUUACAGAAUGCUUCAUUCAAGCAACUAACUAUAGAAACUUUCUUUAAGUCGGCUAUGUAA